GUCAUUGGCGUUUGCUCAGCACCCCACCCCCACCACCACCACCGAGGCAAAAUGAGCGACACCGACGCCGACCUCAAGCCAUGCGACCUGGCCACGCUCGCAACGUUCGAGUUUGAGCGAGUGCUCAUGGAGAGCACGACGACCGGCUCGGUCUACCUCCUCGGCAAGCUGCACGGCGAGCAGGCGAUAAUCCACGUGCAGCGCACGGCGAUCGCGUCCGACUCGGCGCCGGUGCUCGUCAAGACGGGCUUGGAGAACGUCAACGUGUUCCUCGAGAACCGGCCUUACUUCUCCGCCAACGCGCUGCUCACACGCACGGCCGACUCGCUCCCCGACCUAGCGCUCAAGGUCAUCUGGCCCGCGACCGAGGUACAUGUGAAGAAGUACACUGCGCAGGCGCGGCGCGUGCUGCGCGAAACGCCGGCAGCGUACGCGUCCGUCGUCGCGCCGUACAUUGCCAGCUUUCCGCCCGAUAGGCUGGAAUGGGUGUACGCCAUCCUCGAGGGCCGCAAGGAGGCCGACCGCGUGCUCUUCCGCGACGAGGACGCCGCGACGGGAUUCGUGCUCACGCCAGACUUGAAGUGGGACGGCGUGACGCUUAACGCAUUGUACCUCACUGCACUGGUGCAGACGCGCGAGAUCCGGAGUAUUCGCGAUCUUAAGCGCGAGCACAUCCCGCUCCUCCAGCGCAUCGAGACACAGGCGUACGCUACCGCUGCGGAGAAGUACGGCGUGGAAAGGGGCCAGCUCAGGCUGUUCGUGCACUACCAGCCAAGCUACUACCACUUCCACGUCCACAUCGUCCACGUCCAGCACGAGAUCAUGGCCGGCAUGGCCGUCGGCCAGGCGCACAUGCUCGCGGACGUCAUCAACUGGCUCGAGCUCUCGCCGCCGUCGCCGGCGCCAAGCCUCCUCGCGCAGAUGACGUUCAACUACGCCCUUGGGACAGAGCACGGGCUGUAUGCCGGCCUCAGCGCGGUACAGGACGAUGCGUAGGCGAGGGAAGAGCGCUCACUCGUCGAACCCAACCAUCCUCAACCCUCGCUGGAGGGUUGCACGCCAAACUAACGCCACCUCGCGCCUCCGCGAGCGAGAUCACAUGGCAUAUAGCCAUCUAGACAUAUCAGUGGAAUAUGCGCU